AAUAGAAGAGAAUUUUGCUUGUCCCUUACCUUAGUUGAGCUGAGCUGAGGCAUCGAGAGAGAUAGAGAAAGAGAGCCAUCGAAAGAUUCGAAACGACAACUUCGUCUUCACCUCUCCCGAUUUCACUUCCCACCUCCGGUUUUGCUUCUACAUGAGAGUUUAACUGCUUCCCUCCAUCGUCUCCCUCAUCGCUUCGCUUUUUCCAAGCACUGCGAUUUCAAUCCGAGGUUCUACCGUGAGUAGGGAAUUCAUGUCCCUGCCGUGAUUGCUGGCUUAUCAGAUUACUAUACUUCAAAGCUUAGCUCUGUGAGGAAGAUGCCGCGGAAGGUCUUUGAUGGAGUUGAUUAUGAUGAUGGUUACGAUGACGACUAUGACUACGAUGACCUCGACGAUGCCGAUUACUAUGGUAAAGCACAACCCUCGGAGCCAGUUAAAGAAACUAUUAAGCGGGGAACUUGGAGUUGCCCUAUCUGUACAUACGAUAAUGAUGAGAGCAUGACUGCAUGUGAUAUAUGUGGGGUUUUUCGAAAUCCUUUGCCGCAUAUGAACAACAAUCAUGACAAGAAAACAGUUAAUGGCAUGUGUAAAGUCUCUGGAGUAUCCAAAAAGGCCAGGGCACUCUUUGCAACAUUGCCCCAUCGGACACCCAAAAAGGUUUUAUUAUGUCAACAGCAGGCCGGUGAUGGUUUGAUGGAAGAGGGCCAUCACUUAUAUGAGCCUGGAAGAAUCCAAGGACCCUUGCAUGAAUUUUGUGAUGUUGUCAGUUCUCAGUUCCGCAAAAAUGUCAAAAUAGUCCCAUUCAAGUUUGAUGCCCCAUCCCCUGAUGACAUUGUCUCUAAUGGGCUGCGUUCUUCAAAAACAGCUUCUAAAGCCACUGCUAAAACAUCUGAUAGCUCAUCAGCGAAGACACAGUGGAGCAAAACUAAUAAUGUUGAGGAUAACAAUCAUGUGAAAGAUGGAGUUCUGCGCUUACAGGCUAACAACAAAGCCUCAGCAAGCUCAUCAAUAUCAAAGGAAAGUAUUCCGAGUAUGGAAAGCUCUUCAAAGCUCAGUACUGGGAAUGAACAGUUGGGGGAUCAAGUUUCUGGUGCAUCGAGUAGACGCAAUCGUAUGGGCGAGGGUACUCCAUCAGUCGAAGAGAUAAGACCCCAAAGUCAUAACCGAGGCAUGAGCAAGUCGGAUUUGCCUUCUAAAUCACGAGCACCUUAUAAGCCGGAAAAGUGGAUGCUCCCAGAAAAAGAAGGCAGUGAUUUGAAUCAACUGAAUCUCGCAAUUGUUGGCCAUGUGGAUUCCGGAAAAUCGACACUUUCAGGGAGACUACUGCACUUAUUAGGGCGAAUAUCUCAAAAGCAAAUGCACAAGUACGAAAAAGAGGCCAAAAUACAGGGCAAGGGCUCUUUUGCUUAUGCUUGGGCACUGGAUGAGAGCCCCGAAGAGCGGGAAAGAGGAAUCACAAUGACAGUCGGUGUUGCCUAUUUCGAUACCAAGAAUUACCACGUGGUUGUGCUCGACUCUCCGGGACAUAAGGACUUCAUCCCAAAUAUGAUUUCGGGAGCCACACAGGCUGAUGCUGCAAUCCUUGUGAUAGAUGCUUCUAUCGGAUCUUUCGAGGCAGGUGUGGACCCCACAAAAGGUCAAACUCGGGAGCAUGCCCAAUUGAUAAGAAGCUUCGGUGUGGACCAGCUUAUUGUUGCAAUCAACAAAAUGGAUGUUGUGGAAUAUUCGAAGGAGAGAUAUGACACAAUAAAGCAAAAGUUGGGAGCGUUCCUUCGUCUUUGCGGUUUCAAAGACUUGUCUGUGUUGUGGAUUCCUUUGAGUGCGAUGGAGAAUCAGAAUCUGGUCUCAGCUUCAUCAGAUGCUCGUCUACGAUCUUGGUAUCAAGGACCUCAUCUACUGGAUGCUAUUGACAGUCUCCAACCACCGACGAGAGAUAUAUCCAAACCUGUAGUCAUGCCUGUAUGUGAUGUUGUAAAAUCACAGUCUACGGGUCAAGUCUCUGCCAUUGGUAAAUUGGCAUCAGGAGCACUUCGAAGUGGAUCAAAGGUUCUUGUUAUGCCAUCAGGAGAUGUGGGAACUGUUAGGUCUUUGGAGAGAGAUUCUCGUCCUUGUACUGUUGCAAGGGCUGGGGACAACGUGUCUGUUGUUCUUCAUGGUGUGGAGGAAACUAACAUAAUGUCAGGGGAUGUGCUCUGUCACCCUGAAUUCCCAGUUCCAACGGCAAAGCACGUUGAAUUAAAAGUUCUCGUCUUAGAUGGAUCUGCCCCGAUUGUAAUUGGUUCUCAGUUGGAAUUUCAUGUUCAUCAUGCUAAAGAGGCUGCAAGGGUCGUGAAGAUAAUAUCGUUGCUUGAUCCUAAAACGGGCAAGGCUUCAAAGAAAACUCCCCGAUGUCUCGUGGCGAAGCAGAGCGCGAUACUGGAGGUGGUUCUAAAUGGAUCCGUAUGUGCAGAAGAGUACUCGAACUGUAAAGCUCUAGGCAGGGUGUCCCUGAGAUCGUUAGGGAGAACAGUCGCCGUAGGAGUCAUUACCCGACUAAUAGAGGAUUAAGAAUAGGCCUCUUCAUUUUUCUUGCCCUUCGCUUUUUGGCAAAUCGUCAUGUCUCGGUUUUUGAUUCCCUGUGCAUUAGAUACAAUGGAUGUAUGUAUAAUUUAUUGAUUCUUUUGAGUGAUAACCAAAUGUUUACCUCCAACAUAAUAUAUGGGUUUGAAGUUCAGGCCGAA